AUGGGCAAACAAGAAUUUGAAAUUUUGGACUACGCGGCUCCGUUGUUCGUUGGAGCAGCUUUUGGAUUUGUUGUUUUGCUUCUCACAUUUGCUAUCAAUUUCUUGUUGAUUAGAAGAUCUGAUGAGGUUACCGCUUUUGAGAAGGUGAGCAUUUUCAGUAACAUUUUUCAGUGUUAAAUUUUUCAGGGUAAGUCCCACUUUUAAGAAAAUUUUUCAAAAUUUUUUUUCAAAAAUUUUUCAGAGUAAGUCACAAAAAAAUAGCUUAAAAUGUUAAAAAGCAGUAAAAAUUCAUGAAAAUAAAAAAUAAAAAUUUAAAUUGACUCCAAGUUGCUGUGUGCAAACACUGCGACGCACUUUUGCGUACGGGAAGAUUUGAACUUUUAAAUUUUCACAAUAUUUCAUUUCCAUCUUUUGUUUGGUUCAAGUUCAGGCCAUAGGCUUCGUGGGUGGUCUUGGAAUCAGACCUGGGAAAAAAUUGGUGACUUACCCUAACUCCAACAUAAUUUUAACAAUGUUAUUCUAUCAAAAAAUAAGGCUCUAUCGCAAUAUAAGGGUCCCAUGGAAAUAUAAGGGUCCGUAAAAAUAUAAGGGUCCGUUAUUUUUUUUGAGGGUCCAUCAAAAAUAAAUUUUUUUUUUUUGAAAAAAAAAGUAUUUUUUCUAAUUUUUUCACAUUUUUUUAGCCAGUAAGUAUGUUUUUAGGGGGUUUAUAAUAUAAAAAAAAUUAAUUAAUCAGGAUUUAAUCAAAAUUUUUUCUUUCCAAAAAUAAAUUUAUUUUCCCGCCCAAAUCAAAAUUUUGAUUCGGGCGGGAAUUCAAAAUUUCCAAAAAAAAAAUUUUUUUUUUCAAAAAUUCUAUCCCGCCUAAAAAAACGUAAAAUUCCCAGGCCUGAACCUUAUCGCCUUUUGAACUUUCCUAAUUUUUGAGGUCCUCAAGGCUUCCCAAGGCUUUCCAGGGCUUCUCCAAGAUUUUCACACUUUUGUUGAAGAAGCGGAGAGUUUGAGUAACUAUGCAAAAUGCUAAUUAGAAGUUUUAAUCCGACAUGAAAUCAAAAUUAAUAAUUAUAAUCAAAUUUUGAGCCGUAAAUCCCGUAAAAAGUAAAAAAAAACUUAAACUUAAAAAUUCCCAGGUCUGAACCUUAUCGUCUUCUGAACUUUCCCAAUUCAAAAUAACCGUUAUCACCCCCAUUUUUCAGCUGGGUGCAAAGUACAAUCUUCGCGUCGGCCCUCAUCGUGUUUCUUUAGUCAGAGCAGCCAUGGAAAAACAUGUCGAUGAGAAUGGACAAGAAUAUUAG